CUUGGAAACUAACACAGGGACUUAAAUCUGGUAAUCCAUUAAAAUUCCGAUGGUAAUGGCCAAUGCGCGUUCCCGCGCCAUAUGAGCUCCUUCUCUGCAUCGCUGCAUCUAGAGAGAGAAACUUAGGUCGUGGGCUUUGCCAAUGGAGAGAUCCAAGGCGAAGCAGCUCUCGUUCAUCACGGUGCCUUCGCAGAUCAUUCAUCCGCUCACCUCUUCUUCUUUCCAAGGGCUUCUCCUUUUGCCGAAGAAGUCAUCUCGGCAGCAGCCGUUGUGCUGGCUUCUCUCCGCCGCAAGAAACCCUAGAACCUCAAUACUUGCCUUUCUCUUCAUCUUCUCUUUGUUUGGAUUGAUUGCUAUAGGUCUUCGCCUGGACCAUUUGCUACACUUCUCUCCUCUCCCCUGUGCCACCUCCGGGCAAGAUGGGAGCUCGAAACCCUCUUACUUGGAGAAAGCGGAGGCAGUGAAGAUAACAAUAGAGCAGCAGGGAGAGGAGUUUUGGAAGCAACCUGAGGGAAUGGGCUACCAGCCAUGCCUGCACUUUAGCAGGGAGUACCGGCGUGCGAGCGAGGAUAUUCGCCGUGACCAUCGCCGGAAGUAUCUUAUGGUGGUGGUUUCCGGGGGUAUGAACCAGCAGAGGAACCAGAUUGUCGAUGCCGUUGUCAUCGCGCGCAUUCUCGGAGCUUCCUUGGUUGUUCCUAUUCUUCAGGUUAACGUUAUCUGGGGAGAUGAAAGUGAGUUCUCAGAUAUCUUUGAUCUUGAUCAUUUAAAGAAAGCGCUGGCCGACGAUGUUAGGGUUGUUUCCUCUUUACCUUCCACACAUUUGAUGACGAGGCCGGUGGAGGAGAAGAGGACUCCCCUCCAUGUUUCUCCACAGUGGAUUCGAUCUAGGUAUCUGCGGCGGCUUAAUAGAGAGGGUGUUUUGCUACUAAGAGGAUUGGAUUCCAGGCUUUCAAAGGAUCUCCCUCCUGAUCUCCAGAAGUUACGCUGCAAGGUUGCAUUUCAAGCUUUGAGAUUUGCCACCCCAAUUGUUGAAUUAGGAAACAGGUUAGCAGAGAGGAUGAGAAGCAAGGGUCCAUAUCUUGCUCUCCAUCUUCGAAUGGAGAAGGAUGUCUGGGUGCGAACCGGUUGUCUUCCUGGGCUGAGCUAUGAAUAUGAUGAUAUUAUUCAUGAAGAGCGGAAGCUAAGGCCGGAGCUUCUUACAGCAAGAUCAAACAUGACCAAUGAGGAGCGCAAGCUUACUGGUCUUUGCCCCUUGAAUGCUUUGGAAGUGACUAGGCUUCUCAAAGCGCUUGAUGCACCAAGAAAUACAAUGAUAUACUGGGCUGGAGGGGAACCACUUGGUGGGAUGGCUGUCUUGGAGCCUCUGAAGAAAGAAUUUCCUUUCCUAUACAACAAAGAGAACCUUUCCUUGCCUGGUGAACUGGAGCCAUUUAUCCAAAAGGCCUCACUUCUUGCAGCCAUUGAUUACAUAGUCUGCGAGAAAAGCAAUGUUUUCAUGCCUUCUCAUGGAGGUAAUAUGGGCCACAUGAUUCAGGGGCAUAGAGCUUUUGCUGGGCACAAGAAGUUCAUAACCCCAAACAAGCGCCAUAUGCUCCCUUUCUUCUUGAAUAAAUCACUUCCAGAAACAGAGUUCAAUAGGAUUGUCAAAGAAUUACACCAGGGAUCUCUUGGGCAACCUGAAUUCAGGACAGACAAGAUUGGGAAGGAUGUGACUGCAUAUCCAGUUCCUGAGUGUAUGUGCAAUUCUACUUCAACAAGGAUCAAAACUGUAAAAUCAUUCAAAGGUUGAGGAUGAUUCUUUUGCCUGAGAAAUUUUUACAUUAGGAUUCGGAUUGCGAUUCUCUUUCAAGAACCUCUUCGAAUAUAUAAUGAAAUUCAAAUUGGGCGCAUCAUUGAAGGGGAAGAUCUGCUGGUGAAAAGUACAGAGGAGAAAUACUUGAACAUGUGAUCAAUGGAGUUCUACCUAGAGGCAAGAAAUACUUGUCUUCGUUGGAGUAAUUUACAAAUCCUGUGUUGAGGUUAUUUAAUUCUUUUUGAAAUAUUUAUGUACAGAUGUUUAUUGUGAGGGAUGGUUUUCUACUUGGAGUUUUUUUUUUUCUUUUUUCUAUAGAUUGUAUUCAUCAGUAUGGAUCUCCCGUAGCAUUGUUUGUGCAUACAUUUGUUAUUCCUCAGCAUCAUUUGGAAAGGAGAAGAUAAGGUCAUUUUAUGUUUUUAA